AUGUCAAAAGUACAAUUUCCAGUUUUAUGCUUACAGCUGGAAAUUUUGCCAAAGGAGAUGCAUGAUCCGAUGAUAUUUGCACUUCCGAAUCGUACACGUUUUCGCCUGCUCGAUUUUCCGGUGCAUCUUCCGUUGGAACUACUCGGUGUUGACUCGGUGCUGCUCGUGCUCGAAUGCAUGCUGCUCGAAUAUAAGGUCGUUCUCCAAUCACGGGAUUACAAUGUGGUCAGUAUGUGCGUUUUGGCAUUGUCCAGUCUGCUGUAUCCGCUCGAAUAUUUGUUCCCUAUCAUACCAUUGCUACCUUCUUUCAUGAACGGUGCCGAACAGUUGCUGCUGGCACCGACUCCAUUUGUCAUUGGGAUACCGUCGACGUUCUUCCUCUGUCGAGGGAUCGAUAAGGUACCGCCAGACAUUGUCCUGGUCGACCUCGACUCGAACGAGGUAGGUAUCAAGGUUCCGCUGAACUUCACGUUGCCCAAAAUUCCAGAUGCUGAACGGGCACUGCUGCAGGUUCCGUUCGACCAGUGCCAGGCUUUGAGCGGUGCCGCCUAUUCGUCGUCAAGAAUUUCGAGCAGCAACAAGCUGCUCUACGUUGCCGACAAAAACGUCAAACCGGCAGAUGACAUCGACACAGAUGUGAUGGACGUCGCUAUUCGUGUCGCCAUGGUAAAGUUUUUUAACUCGCCGAAUGUUUUGGGCAAUUUUCAAGAGCACACCAGAACGCUUCGUCUGUUCCCGAGGCCAGUAGUCGCACUGCUUAGCGACUCGUUCAUUCGAUCGCGCAAAAAUCCGUCUGAUUUCGUUCGUGAAUUGGCCAAAACUCAGGCUGUGGAGUACUUUGCCGAAUGGUGCAUCAACCCCAAAAACGAAGCCUUCCUGCGUGUGCAAAACGGCGUUGUCGAUCCUGCGGCUAUUGGGGAUAAAGCAAGGUGGUUUGCUGAUGAACUCAAGCCGGUCGUUUUCGAAGUUUAUCCGCCAAACUCGUCGCUGGCCGCCGCAUGGAAUGCAAUCACGGUGGAAAUAUCAGAACAUAGAGAAACGGACGAAAGCGAUGAUUCCAGCCCUGACGAAGCUUCCAGUUGCAGCAGUUCUUUAUCCAGUAUUUCCGACCUGAUGUUUGAAUCGCCGGUACAAGAUUUCAACCCACUCGAAGAGUUCGGCCGCGGUCCAGCGCCAAUCAGUCACAUAAAUGACGUCUACCGCGAGCCUUUAAGACUGGAGCUGCCCGGCUGCGAUGAACUUAGCUCUUUGCCGGAUUCAGCGCAUAGUUCGAAUUUGAGUAGUCCUUCGUCCGUAUCCGCCAGUAACAUGGACUCCGAGACGGACUUUGCGAAGUUGGCCGAAAACCUCGCUCUGAAGAAUAACCUUGAUGUAAGCCGCCUUAGUGGUUAUAAGUAG